AUGGCAAUCUCCAAAACCGACCCCAUCGUGAUCAUCGGCGCCGGCGUAUUCGGACUGUCGACGGCCCUCCAACUCGCGACAGAAGGCUACACAGACAUCUCAGUAUUCGAGCGCGACGACCAAGUACCCGGCCGAUUCUCCGCCGGGUACGACAUCAACAAGAUCGUGCGCGCGGAGUACGAAGACCCGUGGUACACGGAGCUGACUCUUAAAGCAAUCGCAGGCUGGAAAACCCCACUCUACGCACCGCACUACCACCAAACAGGCUUCCUGCACUGCGUCUCAGGCACGGGCCCGCAACAAGCAACCGACACCCUGAACCGGUUCCACGCAACAAUCAAACACCACCCAGAAUACGCACACAAGCUCAUCUCCAUCACCUCCUCCACCCAAAUCCCCCGCGACAUCGCCUGGCAACUCAACGGGCCCCUACCAGGCUGGAAGGGCUACUUCAACCCGCUGGCCGGCUACGCACAUUCCGCCAACGCGUUGCGCGCCGUCUACGAAGCCGCCGCAGCGGUAGGCGUGAAGUUCUUCCUGGGGCCGGAGCGGGGCGCCAUCCGCGAGCUGCUGCGCGGCGGCGUGGCCACGAGUCCCGGCAAGGUGACGGGCGUGCGCACGUACUCCGGGCAGGUGCACUCGUGCAAGUUGGUGGUUGUAGCCGUCGGCGCGGCGGCGGGCACGCUUCUUCCUGAGCUCGGCACCCAGGUCGUCGCUAAGAGCUGGUCCAUCGGCCAUGUGCGUCUGUCUGACGACGAGACCAGCGCCCUCCGCGGGAUCCCCGUUACCUAUGCGCGCGAUCUCGGGUUCCUGUUCGAGCCGGACCCGAAGACGAACCUCCUGAAGAUUUGUCCGAUGGGCGGCGGGUAUAUCAAUACUGAUCCCGGAACUGGUGUGUCAUUGCCUCCGGCGACGCUGAGGGAGAGUGACGGGGUGCUUCCGAAGGAGGAUGAGGAGCGCAUGCGGAAGUUGUUGAGGCAGGCGCUGCCCGCGUUGGCGGAUCGGCCGUUUGUUCAGAAGAAGCUGUGUUGGUUUGCUGAUACGGCGGAUUCGGAUUUUAUUGUGGAUUUUGUGCCUGGUUCCGCGGGGAGUGUUGCGCUGUUGUCCGGUGACUCGGGCCAUUUGUUUAAGAUGUUGCCUAUUGUGGGCGAGUGGGUGGCUAGGUUGGUGAAGGAAGGUCGCCAGGCUGAGUCCCGCUGGAGGUGGAAGGCUGCUGACUCCAAGGAGAAUGAGAAGGGUAAGAAGUGGGCGGGUGGUGAUGUUAGCUGGCGCUUGGGCGCUACGCGCGAGUUCGCGGAGAUCAAGCCGGGGCCUGGGGCGAGGUUGUGAGAUGGUCUUUAGUUUUGAACUGG